AGAAAGAAUGAGAUGUCGAAAUCCUCCCUGGAAGCCGCCUACAAGACUCUCCUCCAACGCAAUCGUCUCCGCGUCGACCCUCACCAAGCAAACCUCGUCACUCGCCUCGCCUCCCUCCAAGAUGAACUGGUCAACACGAAUGGGAACAGACCCUCUCACACCCCAAAGGGUCUUUACAUUUACGGUACCGUCGGAACCGGAAAAUCUCGCAUAGCAGACCUCUUUUCAGACACGCUCCCCUCCCACAUCUCUCGUCGCCGCGUACACUUCCACGAGUUCAUGCGGGAGAUCCACUCCCGUCUGCACAUCGCUCGUUCCGCGUCUGGUUACGCUGGCGACCCUCUCGUGAAAAUCGGGCGCACGAUCCGCGAGGAAUCGCGGGUGCUAUGUUUCGAUGAGUUCCAAGUCACCGACAUCGCCGACGCGAUGAUCCUCGGACGGCUGUUUGGUUCGAUUUGGAGGGAAGGUGGCGUGAUGGUGAGCACGAGUAAUCGGCAUCCAGAUGGGUUGUACGAGAACGGACUAAAUCGCGAUGUGGUGAUGCCGUUUAUUCGGGAGGUGCAGAGAAGGUGUGAAGUGUGGGAGAUUGGAGGGAGGGAAGAUUAUAGGAUGAGCAGUCUGAGGGAGGGCGCCGAGGGGAAGAGGGUGGAGACUUUCUUGACGGAUAGGAGGGUUUUCGAUGAGAGGUUGGAGCAGACGAUGGAGGGUCAGCCGCUGGAGCGCGUUUCUUUGCCGGUGUAUGGAUCGCGAAAGGUGGAAGUCAAUGCUGUACCGUCUGGUCGGGAU